AUGGGUAUCUUGGGCGACAAGUGGAAGGCGUUCAAGAAUUACAAAAACGGUCGCAACCCAGACGGGUCAUCCAAGAUCACGGAGGAGGACAUACAAAAGUACACGGGCAUGGACAGGGCGGAAUUGGACAAAUUCGCGGCCAACACUCCUGGGGUCGCGGGGAACCAGAACGCGGGAUCCUUGACCGCAGGGGGAACCAGUGGGUUGUACUCGGGGGGUUACUCCACGAGGGGAGAGAAUUGGGGAGUUGAACAAGAGACAGAGACGGAGACGGAGACACAGACGGAGACACAGACGGAGACACAGACGGAGACACAGACGGAGACACAGACGGAGACACAGACGGAGACACAGACGGACACAGGGUGAUGAUUGAUGAAGCCAUAUCUUGAAAUUUUGAGAUUUUUGCCAUGACUAAAUGAACACUACAGGUGAUGUCUGUAUGAUUUCCAGUUUCAGGAUUGACUGCAUCACUCAGAGAGAGUAGUAAGGAGAGUGAGGUUGGUUUUCUUGGGGAGCAUAUAGCCGACAAGGCAACUCUCUGGAGAACAAAGCUCUGCGCCGUGUUUACCGAGAAGUAAAUACCUAGGUACAGAAGUACCUGAUACAAUACUAUUUAAAGUCCAC